UGACGUUAUCGAGCGCGCCGAGCCUAGAGCCCCGCCCUUCCCCGGCCGUCGCGCCACUGACUAGGCAGCCAUGGAGCCGGCUUUGCGGCUGGGAGCGGGUGUCUCCAAACAAGAAAUUCGUGAAAAGAUUUGGGAUUAUAUGGAAGCACAAAAUAUAGCUGAUUUUCCGAGGCCUGUCCAUCAUAGGAUUCCUAAUUUCAAGGGUUCUUCUCAUGCUGCUGAAAGACUGCUGCAUUUACAGGAAUUUAAAAUGUCCAGGACUGUUAAAGGGUCUUAUGAGGCUUGCCAAAAUAUCAGAGAGCUAGAAGGCUACUCCAGAAUGCAAGAAGUUAAAGUGGAUCCUGAUAAACCUUUGGAAGGAGUUCGACUAAUAGUACUACAGGGCAGAAAAACUUUGUUAGUUCCUACGCCACGAUUGAGAACGGGAUUAUUUAAUAAGAUUGUCCCACCACCAGGAGCAACAAAAGAAAUCUUGAGAAAAUGUGCCACUUCUCAGGGUGUAAAAAACUACAGCGUACCCAUAGGUUUGGAUUCCAGAGUCCUAGUGGAUUUGAUAGUGGUGGGAUCAGUGGCUGUUUCUGUAAAAGGAUGGAGAAUUGGGAAGGGAGAAGGUUAUGCUGACAUGGAAUAUGCAAUGAUGGUAUCCAUGGGAGCAGUCCGGGAGGAGACCCCAGUAGUGACCAUUGUGCAUGACUGCCAGGUGGUUGAUAUACCUGAAGAGCUGCUUGGUGACCAUGAUCUAACUGUGGAUUACAUCCUCACUCCCACCAGAGUGAUUGUGACCGGCUGCACGAGGCCAAAGCCACAGGGUAUCAUAUGGUCCAUGGUCAGUGACGAGAUGAUGAAAAGAAUCCCGAUCUUAAAGAAUCUUCAUUUCCGAGAGAAGAAAGCAGGGAAAGACAUCACUUUGCAGAAGGAACACUUGGCACAUUUGAAGACCAGCCAGAGGCGAGCACCCCUCCAGAACCCUGGCCAGAUAGCCUCUGUCAGACCUCCAGACACGGUGCAUUCUUCUCAUCGGGAUGAUGAGCGCAUAACUUCAAAAACAGAAUCCUCCGACGUCACCACUGUUUAUGUGGGUAACAUCCCUCAGGACGCUAGAAGUCACUGAAGUCCAGUGGGCAGGACGAAAAUCACCAACUAGAGAUGGCCUGGGAUGCAGUGGAUGACAUUGGUGUCUUCAGUGUCUGAUGAAGCUCUGAGCAGUCCACGAUGCCUGCUUCAGCCGGCUUCAUGGGCUUCGGAACAAAUUGUUUACAUCCACCCAUUCUGCUGGGGGGAGAUCUUCACAUGUUUGAGGUAGACACCCCCCCACCUCACCGACGGGGUUCGAGGCCCAUCAGUUACCCUCAACCUGGUUUAGCCUGUCUGCUGAGCCGGUUUACGGAGGGGUGACCUUUCUGCAUGCUACAGCUUCUUGGAACCACAAAUGAGAGUUGGAUGAAUCAGAUGGACACCAAAGGUAGAUGAGCAGCCCUGAAAAGGACCAGCAGCCUUCACACUAAAGGUGCUGGUCCUCCUUAACACCUCAAAUGCCAGUAUAAGCUCUUUCACUGGUGUACCUUUAACAAGGGAGAGAAUUGGGCCGUGAAGACUUUGCUAUGAACUCUGUAGUUCAUCUUUCUUAAGAAACUUGAUUACUUAUUGCAUAUAAUUUUUUAUAAGAUGCUGUCAUUAUGGUUGGUAGUCUUUAAUGUAGUUCUGACCCUGGGUCGAGGGUUAUGUUUAUCCUUCUGUUUCUUUUCUUUUACCAACCUUCCUUUAACGGUACCCUCUUUUCUAUACUGUCCUAACAUCUUCCUCACAAAAACUCUGGCAGGAAGGGAUCUCAAGGGUACAGGGAGUACCAAAAUUCUUGGUGCUUAAGCUUUAUCUAAUUGCCUAAAAAUGCACCAAAACUUUUGGAACACUCUGUUUUCCCCAUUUUACAAAUGAGGAAAUAGGCUAAAAGAUUAAGUGACUUGCCCAUGUUCACCUAGUGCUCUUUUCAAUGUAUCAAGAUUUCUUUCAAGAUUUCUUCUCUGCCCCUACAUUUGAACUGUCAAGGUAAGGAUGCCAUGCUAGAUUUGCCCGGGAAUUCUGGACAUCAAUGAGCUACCUUUGACAGCUGUAUUAACUCAUUUGGGCCAGAAGGGGGUGCUAGAGAACAAGCUAAUAUGGUGCCUGCAGCACCUCAACCUUUUUUUUAAAUACUGGCAAUGCUUGAAAAUUUUCUGAGAUGCACCUGGUAGGAGGUUGAGGGAGAGCAAAGAUGAGGGGUUUCUCAACACCUUAUGGAUAAAAUUGUUAUUGUUGUGUAUGAGUAUAUUGGAGGAGGGGAGGUCUGGAGGAAGAAAUACCACUGAUAGAAAGGAUGGAGGAAGAGAAAACAAGGUUCUUGAAAAAUUUUUUUAAACUUUUGCUAUAGUGCUUUGAGGAUGGGAUGGUGGGGUGCAGAUUGCUCAAAAUUUCUCUUGCAAUGCUUGGCUUUUUCCCACAUCAGUGCUUUUGCUUAUACUUUCUCUUCCCCGCCUUCCCUAAGGCUAUCUAUCAAAAUAUUGCUUAGCUAAAAUCCUACAUAUUCCAUGAAGCCUUCCCAGAUCUCCCCAACUGGAUGUAACUUCUUCCUCUGAACCCUAUAGCCCUUUGCCCCUCUUUAUAUAGUUAUUUGUAUACUUACUCAGUCCUGUAUCUUAUCCUUUUCUGCAGUGCUUAGCAGUUCCCUUGUCUUUGAAAGUAAAUCAUAAAAGGCACUUCAGGUUAUUUAAAGUGCUUGCUCUAUCAUAAAACCACAUAAGAUCUCCUUCCCUAAGCUUCCUCUUGAAAGGAAAGUUUGUAAGGAAGUGAAUUCCCUACUCAGCCUGAAGCUCACUGCCUCAUGGGGUAAAUUGGAGGAGUCUCUGUGAUGUGGUUUUGUGGGUUACUUUCCAGGCAUAGUAUCAUCCACACACACGUAAAUCCCUCAGGACUUUGCCUUUCUGGGUCAAGAGCAAUGGUUUGAGACUGUCCCUGCCCAGGGGCACUGCAUACCCUAUUCAUUAGUUUGAGAGGACAGUCCUGAUGACCUAACAUGGCAUGUAAACUCUGGUAUAGUUCAUGAGGAACCCAGUUAGAUGGCAAACCUUGGGAGAAACUACUUGUAUUAGGGAUAUGUGCAGCCUGGCAUAAUGCCUACCAACUUUGUAGAACCACCUGUGUGUUCCUAUGCACAUGAUAACAUUAGGCCUUGCAGAACCUGAAUUAAGUGAAAUUUGGGUCUAUGCUGAAAGUCUUCCCUACGUUAGAUGCUAAUGGAGCAUUUAUGUUUGCCAAACUUCAUUCUAGUCGUGAAGGAGAUUUGGCAAAGAAGGAAUUAAGAUGAUCAUUAAUCACAGAGCAAGCUAGACAUUAAAUUGUAAGGUAUGCCCCUCUACUUGCCAGAAUUGUCCUCCUAGAUACUCAUGGACUCAAGAGUAUGUUAGGGCUGACAAUGACUUUGGGUGUCAUUUUGUCCAAGUUGCUCAUUUUUGCAGAAGAGGUAACUGAAGGUUACUGAAGACCAUGGAGAAGUGACUUUAAGAAUAUAAGGUACCAUGCCAUAUGAGGACCAGGUGGCAAGACAAAAGAUGGUUAGCCUCAAGAAGAGAAGACUUUGGAAGAAGUAGAGGCACACAUAGUUAAGUAAUUGAAGCACCAAUAAAUGGAAUAAGGCUUAGAUUUGCAUGACUGCCCUAAUGGGCAGAGCUUGGAGCUGUAUGAGGAAGUUAUCAGGAGGUUGAUUUAGGCUUGGUGGAAGGAAAAACUGACUCAAUUGGAGCUUUUCAGAAGUGGAACUGCACUACUUUGGGAGGUCUUCAAACAAACAUUGAGUGACCACUUGCCAAGAAUGUUGCAAAGAUCCUUCUUUGGGCAUUGGUUGGUCUAAAUGACUUAGGAACUGCAUCUGGCAUUCUGUGACUCUUUGAUUUGCCUGAGGUCACAUUGUGCCAGUUGCCUUAUCUUACUCUGGAUUUCAGAUCCUCAAGUGAUUGACAAAAGUGUAUCAGUGACGAAGUAGCCACUAGUAUCCAUGUGCUGACCGAGAUUAUAAAAAUACACAAAUGCAAAAACCUGCCUAUUCAUUUUUCCAAUUAAAUUGUUUUUCAGAGAUUGUAGAACCCCAGAGCAAGUAAGAAGGGAUCUGAGAGGUCAUAGAUGAGCCCAUCCCCCUGCCAGACUCAUGAAUCGCCUCCCUAACACCCUAAUGGCAAUCUUUUUUUUUUAAUACUAGUUUCCUUUAUUCUUAUAGUUAAUUUUUAAUGGUAUUUUAUUUUUCCCAAUUACAUGUCAAG